AUGAGAAUGGAGAACCUCCUAUUUCUUCUGUUAUUAUGCGCGGCACUUUCUUGUGCUUUUCCUGCAGAUACAAGGCAGAAGAAAGAAGGUGGCAUGCAGCUUGUCCAGAAGUACCUGGAAAAUUAUUAUGGUUUUAAGAAAGAUGGAGAUUCUUUCAUUUGGAAAAGUAAUAGUUCAAUGACCCAAAAAAUAAAAGAAAUGCAGGAAUUCUUUGGACUAGAGGUGACAGGGAACCUGGAUUCUGACACUUUGGACCUGGUACAGAAACGUCGCUGUGGAUUCCCUGACAUAGCUGGGUUCUCCACCUUUGCAGGAGAGUCGAAAUGGACAAAACAAGUUCUGACAUACAGGAUAUUAAACUACACACCAGACUUGCAUCCAGCAGAUGUCAAUGCAGCAAUCAAGAAAGCGUUAAGUGUUUGGAGCAGUGUGACCCCACUGAAAUUCGUCAAGAAGGACAGAGGUGAUGCAGACAUAAUGAUCUCCUUUGCAGCCAGAGGUCACAAUGACUUCAUCCCCUUUGAUGGCCCAGGAGGGUCCAUUGCUCAUGCCUACGCACCCGGCAAGGACUUUGGUGGAGAUGCUCACUUCGAUGAGGAUGAAACCUGGACCAAAAGCACAGAGGGUACAAACCUCUUUUAUGUUGCUGCCCAUGAGUUUGGCCAUUCACUGGGACUUUUCCAUUCUAAAGACCCCAAUGCUCUGAUGUACCCUGUUUAUAGGAAACCUGACCCUUCAGUAUUCCCUCUUCAUCAAGAUGAUAUUAAUGGCAUUCAGUACCUCUAUGGACCAUCUUCUAACAUCCACAAUGACCAAAGGGAAUCUACUGAGAUAAAAGACCCAACUGAGUCAAAAGAUCCUGCACUGCCAAACACCUGUGACCCAAAUUUAACUUUUGAUGCUGUCACCACUUUCCGUGGUGAAAUAAUGUUCUUUAAAAACAGUCAUUUUUGGAGGAAGCAUCCUGCAGUCAGAACAGCUGAUUUUAAUUUAAUAUCUUCGUUCUGGCCAUGGCUGCCACCUGGUGUUGAUGCUGCAUAUGAAAUUCCUGAAGAAGACGAAACAGUCAUUUUUAAAGGGAAUGAAUUCUGGGUUUUGAGAGGAGAUGCCAUGCUUCCUGGAUACCCCCAAAAAAUCUAUAGCCUGGGCUUUUCAAAGGAUGUUACCAAAAUUGAUGCUGCUUUCUGUAAUGGAAAUGGAGGGAAAAUAUAUUACUUCAUAGCAGACAAAUUUUGGAGUUAUGAUAAAAGAAGUCAGUCUAUGGACAAGAAGCCCAUACUGAUAAGGGAUGGAUUUCCAGGAAUUAAUGGGAAGAUCGAUGCUGUUUUUCAACAUGAGAGUUUCUAAGGAGGCUUUUUACUGUCAACAAGGUCAACACCACCAAAACCAUCUGAAAGUUGUCCAGCCUGUACUUGACAUCUUCCAGAGUUAGCAAACAUGCA